CGGUGGUUAUGCUAGUGGAGGUGGUAGCGGUGGUUAUGCUAGUAGCGGUUAUACUAGUGAUGACGAGCAUGUAUAAUGAUAAACAUAUUCACCCAGGCUUGAUGAUUGUUCUAAUUUUAAGAGCCAGGCAUUGUCCCUCCUCCUCCAGCGGUCCAGGGCAGCCCUGCAGAGGUACCUGUUCUACUGCAACCGUUACAUGAACCACAUGCAGUCGCUGCGCUUCGAGCACAAGCUGUACGCCGGGGUCAAGGCCAAGAUGGAGGAGAUGCAGCAUCACAACAUGUCCUGGAUCGAGGUGCAGUUCCUGAAGAAGGCCGUGGACGUGCUGUGUCAGUGUCGCUCCACUCUCAUGUUCACCUACGUCUUCGCCUUCUACCUCAAGAAGAACAACCAGUCCAUCAUCUUUGAGAACAAUCAGGCUGACUUGGAGAACGCUACGGAGGUUCUGUCUGGAUAUCUGGAACGGGACAUCUCCCAGGACUCUCUGCAGGACAUCAAACAGAAAGUACAGGACAAGUACAGAUACUGUGAGAGUCGACGUCGGGUGCUGCUGCAACAUGUGCAUGAGGGCUAUGAGAAGGACCUCUGGGAAUACAUAGAAGAUUAAGACUCUUUACUGAAAGAGAAACCUCUACAGACUAGAGCGCUGAUGCAAUGCCACGGGGGCAGGUUGUUGCUGAUCUUCACAAUAUUGCAUUUUUUUUUCUCCUCCUCUUGGGUUUUGUUUAAUGGAAAAAGUUUAAAAUAAAUUAUAUCAAAAUAAUAAAAAAUAAAAAAAAGUAGAAUAUUUCAAACAUUAAUCGUACAACAGUAUUGUUUGUAGCAGAUUGGAUUGUGAGGACAAAAAAAAGAACUCCCCCCGCUUCUCUCAAUUGGUCACUAUAGUAACAUCACCCCCCCCCCCCACUGUUCAGUCUCCCAGCGAUGUAUUUUAUCUGUUUACUUUUUAAAGUACCCUUGUGUGGGACAUGGGUUUGUGUUCAACACAGUCCAACUGCUCAAGCCAUGUUCAUUAAAUGUGGUUAGAUCACAUGUAGGGUUUUUUGAAUGUUGAUUUGCUGAUUGUAAAGGUGCUGAACCAUGUGGGUUGGCAGGGGGGAGACCAUAGGGAGUGCAGGAAAAAGGAAACAUGUUUUUCAGUUUGUAAAUAACGCAUAUGCAUGGAACAGCAAGUGUGGACGUUUUCUUUCAUUUGUCUUUUCUUUUGAAAAAUAUUUAUUCUUUUUUUUUUCAAAUAUUCAAUAUAGUUGCUGUGUAGAAGACAAGUUCGCUCCUGCUUUAAAAGAACAUGUAUUCUUUGUGAGGGUUUGGAAGCUGUUGAACGAGCGAUGAAACUCUGACCGGGUUGUAGUAGCUUUUUGAAAGCAAUUCUGACAAAAACUAAAUCCACCUAAAAGGAUAGCAUUAGUUGAGAGAAUGAGACUAAAGAACAAGCCAUCUUCUUCUUCUUUUUAACAGCAAGCCAGACUGUAGUUCAGGUAAUACAUUGAUUUAUUCAUAGUUGGAAUUUACCUUGCAACCUUCAGAGGUUAUCAGCUAAUUGCACCUGAGGGGGUUUUGGGAAAUGAACAGAGAAUGACUUGGAAAGGACUCCGCUGUGUCCUAAGUGGCUCCAUAUUCUCUAUAUAGUACACUAUGGGCCCUGGUCAAUAGUAAUGCAUUAUAUAGGGAAUAGAGUGCCGUUUGGGAUGAAGGUAAUGUCCUGUUUGUUCUAACCCCUCCUCCUUCCCUCUUGUUUUUGUUCUUCCAUCACCACCCCUCCUCCUGUUUCUCCUUAGAAGUUGUCAUUUCCAGAUAACACACUACCAACUGUUUCAUGAGAGCCAAAUUGAGUGACAUUCACUCAUUUAAAAAAAAUAAACAAAUGUAUUUCUUUUUUCAGA